AUCGCGAGGUUUCCGCCGCCCCCUCCUCGCUCCACGUCAGAAGGAACCGGGCGGAGCGGCCAACAUGGCGGAACGCAGGCGGCACAAGAAGCGGAUCCAGGAAGUUGGUGAACCAUCUAAAGAAGAGAAGGCCGUAGCCAAGUAUCUUCGAUUCAACUGUCCAACAAAAUCCACCAAUAUGAUGGGUCAUCGAGUUGAUUAUUUUAUUGCUUCAAAAGCAGUGGAUUGCCUUUUGGAUUCAAAGUGGGCAAAAGCCAAGAAAGGAGAUGAAGCUUUAUUUACAACCAGAGAGUCUGUGGUUGACUACUGCAACAGGCUUUUAAAGAAACAGUUUUUUCACCGAGCACUUAAGGUAAUGAAAAUGAAAUAUGAUAAAGAUAUAAAAAAAGAAAAAGAUAAAGGAAAAGCUGAAAGUGGAAAAGAAGAAGAUAAAAAAACCAAGAAAGAAAAUGUAAAGGAAGAAAAGACAAAAAAGGAAAAAGAGAAAAAAAAAGAUGGAGAAAAGGAAGACUCCAAAAAAGAAGAAACUCCAGGAACUCCUAAAAAAAAGGAAACUAAGAAAAAAUUCAAACUUGAACCACAUGAUGAUCAAGUUUUUCUGGAUGGCAAUGAGGUUUAUGUGUGGAUCUAUGACCCAGUGCACAUUAAAACAUUUGUCAUGGGAUUAAUUCUUGUGAUUGCAGUAAUAGCAGCCACCCUCUUCCCACUUUGGCCAACAGAAAUGAGAGUAGGUGUUUAUUACCUCAGUGUGGGUGCAGGCUGUUUUGUAGCCAGCAUUCUUCUUCUUGCUGUUGCUCGUUGCAUUCUGUUUCUCAUCAUUUGGCUUAUAACUGGAGGAAGGCACCACUUUUGGUUCUUGCCUAAUCUGACUGCUGAUGUGGGCUUCAUUGACUCCUUCAGGCCUCUGUACACCCAUGAAUACAAAGGACCAAAAGCAGACUUAAAAAAAGAUGAAAAAUCUGAAACCAAAAAACAGCAGAAGUCUGACAGUGAGGAAAAGUCAGACAGUGAGAAAAAGGAAGAUGAAGAAGGGAAAGUAGGACCAGGAAGUCAAGGUACAGAAGGCUCAGGUGGAGAACGGCAUUCAGACACAGACAGUGAUAGGAGGGAAGAUGACAGAUCCCAACACAGUAGUGGAAAUGGGAAUGAUUUUGAAAUGAUCACAAAAGAGGAACUGGAGCAGCAAACAGAUGGGGAUUGUGAAGAGGAGGAGGAAGAAGACAAUGAUGGAGAACUUAGGAAAUCCAAGUCGAAUUGUACGCUUGAUUCAGAGAAAGAUGAUCAUCUCCAGCAGGAAAGCGAACAGCAUUGGUUGGAAGGUGAUGGCUCUUUUUCCCCAUCUUCUUGUCUUAGCAUAAAGUGUAUUCUGUACAUAAUUUACAAAUAAAACAUUUUAUUUUAAUGGUUACUUAUUAUGUAGACAUUUCUCAACACUUAAAUUUGUAAAGUUACGAUCAUGUAAGGUUGUUUUUAGAGAAAUGGAAGUUUCGAUAACCCAUGGAACAUCUGUAAUCUUUCUACAGCAGCUUCAGUUUUGUGCCAACAUUCCAUGUAUUUGAAUAUAAGUAAAAAUUGAUCCUUAU